AGAGAGAGAGAGAGAGAGAGAGAGAGAGAGAGAGAGAGCUGGUUUAACAAAGUUCAGUUUACUUAUGAAGUUAGCUUAGUACGUUAUGGGGAAAACUAUGGCGUAAACCUUAGAAUCUGCCUGAUUAAGACGAAGAAACAUCGACAAUGAUCGUCAGUAGUUGCUCAGUGAGCGCCUAAGGGUCUGAGAGUAGCUAUGGCAGCCCAGUUCAACAUUGACGAUGCAUUCUCACUGGAGGGGGAUGAGGAGGGGGUGGGGCCAGAGGGAGGUCUGGACGGAUGGAAGGGUCGAGAGAAAGAGCGAGAUGGAGAAAUGACUUUCGGUCCACUCUCCUUCACCAAACCACAGAGUCUUCCUUCCACUUCGGCCAGCUCCACCGAACACAGCAACCUGAAGUACCAGAACCUGGAAAAUGAAGAAGCCCUGGGCAGUCCUGUUAACUCCACCUUCAACAACUUUUUUAAAAUCAGUGAUCCAGCCACACUGUCAUACUGCAGCUCCCAGUGGUCCUUCAGCACCCUCAGCUCUGUCACACAGCUGUCUGCACACUGUUGCGGGUGGACAUCUCAUCCUUUAUUAAAGAAGAACAGGAGAGUGGUGCUGGCCUCAUUUCUCCUCCUCAUCACUGGAGUUGCUCUGAUUUUUACAGGCAUUGUUGUAGAGUUGAACCGGAAGGCAGAAGUUUCAAGUGCAAUUUUCUUUGUCUCUGGAUUUCUUCUCUUCAUUCCUGGUGUUUACCAUGUGAUCUAUAUAAGCUGUGCUGUCAGGGGACGGAGAGGAUUCAAGUUCUUUUAUUUGCCUUAUUUUGAGAAGUAAUGUGUCUCUUCAUUUUUAAUCAGGGAGAAUGGCUGUUUGACCUUUUUUUUGUUUUAGGUUGAGAAAUGCAGAAAUGAUAUGAUGAAGUAAGGAAAGCUUUAUUUGUACAAUCUCAAUUUUAAGGUAGUUUUGUAGCCUGUAUGGUUCGGGAAAUGUUGUGAAAGCAAGUUCUUUUGAACUUUAUCAAUGAUGCCUGUAAACGUCCAUGAAUUUCAGGAUAGAAUUGUGUAUCCUUUCAGCUUUACUUUGCACGCAAUGGAUCGUAAGUCUGCAGGACAGUGUUGAGGAUUUAUUCAUUUCAGUUCAUUCAUUUUCCUGUCAGCCAUGCAACUGAGGAGAGUUCUACUCAGCUUUUUUUUUUUUAUUAAUUUUAAGCAGAUUUUUUCACCUUAUUCACCAAUAUAAUGAAAUUUACUUACUUAAUUGACUCUCAAUUGAAUUGAAUGCAUUUUUGUGUAUGGUGUAGUUCAGAAGGGAAGAAUAGAGAAAAAAGUCAUCUCAGAAAAAUACUAUAACAUGAAAAGAUGGGGAAGAAAUCUCAGUUUUGAGGUCACACAACUGUGUAAAUUUGAAGUUAGCAGCCUGUUGUGCAUGUGCACACGUGGUAAAAAUUGUGACCGCGUCAUUAUUCUUGAUGCCGAAUCAUAGAUGAAGUGUCAACCAAAAUAACUUGUCCCUGCACUGUUUUCUUUAACUAAUACCACUACUAACACAUUCAACCACUGUAAAACUCAGUGUACUUCCAGCAAGUCAAUAUAGAAGAAAUAUUUUUGUGUUUUGUACUUCUUUUAAUCAGUGACACUACAAUAAAACUGUUUUUAUAUUUUGCUUUU